CCGCCGCAAGUAUCGAGAAAUCGAAACUCAGCUGUUCAAACAGCUGCCGCCAAACUUCGGAAUCGCCUCUCCAACUUGGGAAUCGCAUCUCCAGACCCGCGAAGCGUCCAGGCGCCUCCAGCAUCCCUCCAGCGGCGGCGGCAGUCCGGGCGCCGCGGGCUCUGAACCAUGUACACUCGCAGUGCGGUGCUGGGCUCGGGGGUCCGAGCCCCCGCUGCCUCCCGCCCUGACCGGGACCCCCCUGAGCGGCGCAGGGAGCUGGGCCCGCCGCAGGGCGCCGGGCAGGGUUUGGAGGCGGCUGCCGAGAGUCCUUCGCGGGAGAGCCUGGAGCACGAGCGCCCGAGGUUCACAGGCGCAUAUACCUUGAUAACACCAACUGAAAAGCGAAGAAGCGAGCUGCAACGGAUGGCUACGAAAGAGCUGGAGGACCUGGAGAGGUGGAAGGAGCAACAGAGGGCAAAGCCCAUUCACCUGGAGCCCAGGCGGCUAGGUGGAAGCCAAUCAGAGGCUGAAGUCAGGCAGAGACAACAACUCCAGCUGAUACAAUCUAAAUACCAGAAAAAGCUAAAAAGAGAAGAACAGAUAAGACUCAAGAAGGAAGCUGAAGAAGCUGAAAUCCAAAAAAUGAAGGUCAUUCAGAGAGAGAAGAGCAAUAAACUAGAGGAGAAAAAACGACAUCAAGAAGAGCUCAGAAGAGAAGCUUUUAGAGAGCAUCGGCAAUACAAAACUACUGAGUUCUUGAGAAGAAUCAACACAGAGUUGCCACCCAGAAGUACCUGUCCAGAGGCUCUUGGUGACUCACAGUCUUCAGCUUGGGCCAGAAGCCGGGCAUAUAUGGAUUCUCGAAAGGAAGAAGAAAAUCAAAAAUUGCAAAAGAUGAAGGAAGUACAACAUCAGAAGAGUGAAUUACUGGAAUUUAAACGACAGCAACAGGAGGAAGAAAGAAUUAAAACCCACCAGGCUGAACGCAGAAGGGUAAAUAAUGCCUUCCUGGACCGACUCCAAGGCGAAAGUCAACCAGGUGGCCUCCAGCACUUUGGAGGCUAUUGGAAUAUGAAUAGUGGUAACAGCUGGGAUAGAUGAGAAAUAUUUGCGUCCAUCUGGCCUUUGUCAAGUGACCUUGAAAAACUGCAUGAGAUGCUUUUUUCUUCAGGCAGCUUUGUUCAGCCUCACUGUUUUUACCUUGACUUCACUGUUGAGCAUCUGGGGGUGGCUGGUUUCUUCCUGUCAUUCGUUACGCGUGUUUGCAGGAACUGAUUGCAGAACUCAUAUUUAAUCUCUACUGCCAGUGAAAUGUUAUGUUAUUUUUCUAAUUGGUUUCGCCUCUUACUGGAAGGCUAAUUACAGCCCUAUUAGUAAGAUGGAAAGGGGGGGAAACUUCGGGUGCUUUCAGGUUCCUGGGAGCAGUGGGCGCUGCAUGCCUGUCUCUCUGAACAGCCAAUUCUUACCUGAUUCUCAGAUCAGGUUGUGGGGGGCGGGGGGUGGGUGCAGGAGUAGCUUUGGCCUCAGUAGAUUUGCAUGCAAGGCACCAAGGUGAGCAAGCGAAAUGAAAGAAAUCUUUUAUAUGCUCUUAAACAAAUUUAUAAAUAAAAUGUGAACGUUUUCUGUGUAAA